AUGAACACACUAGAAGUGCAAAUGAGUCUUCGUAGUAUACAUUCCAGCCUGCAGAGCAACGUAUAUCCUUCAAAUCGAUUGCCGAUGUGUGCUCAGGUGCCAGCACUUAUAAUAUGCAAUCUUGACCCUGAUUCACAGCCGGGGUCUCAUUGGGUGGCUAUUCAUAUAAACGUCGAAAGAGUUGGGGAAUACUUUGAUUCGUUUGGACGUAAACCUAUUGAAGCAAUAGAAGGAUUUUUAAGGAAGAAUUGUUGCGUGUGGAAGUACAAUAGCGUUACGGUUCAGGAUUAUCUAUCGGCGGUGUGCGGAGAGUACUGUUUGGUAUACGUAUAUUACAAGUUCAGAAGAUGA